CAGGGGUUAAUGUACUGAUUCCGUCAGAAUGAACGUUGGUUAUAGACGUCCAGAGAGUGGCGGAGGAAUUCCAAACACACCCUGAGAGAGGAGCAAGCUAUCCUGCUUAUCACUAAGAAACGGAGACGCCACUAUCCUAAAGAGGUCGUGUUUUGAGGUAUCUCUUGACAACCAGACCUCUGCAAACAAUAGUUGCUGCUUUGAACCACAGAGGUGAGGAAGAAUUGGCCUGGAGAUAAGCAAACAGCAGUUACUAAGGAAGACCGAAUGUCCUGUGUCUGCAUUGGAGAGGCUGCAGUUAGGCAUAAGAAAGACAUCAGCAGAAUUUGACACUGGAAAAAUUGGUUAUCCAUGUUCAACACAUUGUCACUGUUGGUGAAUGUGAGCAGCCCUAUGCACUGCACCUAGAUAAUAUAGAUUAUCCUCAUCCAGCCUCUCUAUAUCUUUACAAGAUUUGUACAAAAAAAUACAUCUUUAAUCAACAUAAGCGCUCAUUGCUACCAUAGAUCCUGUCAUCUGCUCCUAGAAACACUCUGCAUGUGUAUGUGCAAAAAGCAAGGAAUGAACUCGGACCAGGCCUGCACUUUUCUUUUAAAUUUACCAAACCCCUCAUCUUAGCUGCCAAGACAAUAAGAUUGAGGAAUUUCCUUUAAGAGUCACUCAGAACGAACAAGGCAGAAGCAGUGAGGGAGUAAAACGAGGGAGAGGAAAAAGAGGCGGAGAGAGAAUUGGUGCUCAAGUGUGAGUGAGUGAACAGACCGAAAGCUGCAAGUCUCUACUGUAACCAAUGGCGUUCUGAUAAGGAAUUUCAAAGGCACGAUUUCAUAAGAAUCCAUAAAAAGGAGGCUAUGAGCCUUAUACUCAUGCAAACAGACAAACAAGUGGACUUCUAUUUAAGGAGCAACAGUUCGAAUGGACUCUUCUGAUACAAACAUAAUUGGAGACCGAUUGCUACGAUAUCUAUUGGACAAGAGGGAUCAUAUUUGAUACUUUAUAGUUCUUGCAACAGCCUUGAAAGUCUGAAGGAGAGCAGAAGAGGAGUAUUUACAAUGGAUGGAUUUCCAUGGGGUUUUUGUCAGUGCUGAUCCAUUCAUCACUUUGUUUGUGUUUGGGACUCGAUUUGCCCACCAUCUACUGCCUGAAGGGGAAGUGAGCUGGUAGGGGGACUGGUACAAGUCCGUUGCACACUGGACCACUUGAGCUUUCUGGAGGAGGACAGAGUUGAAGAGUAUGGGGAAGUCAAACAGCAAGCUCAAACCAGAGGUGGUGGAAGAACUGACCAGGAAGACUUACUUUACAGAGAAAGAGGUCCAGCAAUGGUACAAGGGCUUCAUAAAAGACUGCCCAAGUGGUCAGCUUGAUGCUGCAGGUUUCCAGAAGAUCUACAAGCAGUUCUUCCCCUUUGGUGACCCCACCAAGUUUGCCUCAUUUGUCUUCAAUGUUUUUGACGAGAACAAGGAUGGACGGAUUGAGUUCUCAGAGUUCAUUCAGGCCCUAUCGGUGACCUCACGUGGGACCUUGGAUGAGAAGCUUCGCUGGGCCUUUAAGCUCUAUGAUCUUGAUAACGAUGGCUAUAUCACUCGCGAUGAAAUGCUCAAUAUAGUGGAUGCCAUUUAUCAGAUGGUGGGAAACACAGUAGACCUUCCAGAAGAGGAAAACACACCGGAGAAAAGAGUGGAUCGCAUUUUUGCCAUGAUGGAUAAGAAUGCUGAUGGAAGGCUGACUCUGCAGGAGUUCCAAGAGGGCUCAAAGGCAGAUCCCUCUAUUGUACAAGCUCUGUCUCUCUAUGAUGGCCUAGUAUAGUAGCAGCUUGUCUCGAGCAUAAAGAUAUGGCUAAGGAUCCAGUGCAGUGACAUCUCACCAUGCCAUGCGAGGAGAUGAGUCUUCUCUUUAUUUGACCUCUCAUUCUGGACACUCAGGACUGAGAAGGACCACAAAGAGCUCAUCCAUCUCACCACAAGUAUAUCACAUUUGACCAUUUGGCAUACAACAAUGACAAAAAGGAGAAUGGAGAAAAUUGCCAUUCUGAAAAUUGUGUUUGUGUGCCCACAUGUGUGAUUGCCUGUUAAUGCUGUACCGGAGAAUCCCACUGGAUAUUCACAAGUGCUUGUUUUCUGCUGAACAAAUGCACUGGAGACUGUUGAUGACACUGAUUGUUAAAAAAAAAAAGCAUGUUGAGAAGCCUAAAUUAUUGUAUAUAAAUUAUUAUAUAAUUAUAAUGUAAAUACUGUAUGUAUUACCAUUGUGUAGCAUGUGCUAUUCUUCCCUUGCUGGCACAGUUAAGUACAAAGUCCUCAAACCACAUCCGAAACAAGGCACUGCAACCAAACAACAUGCUGCACUAUAAUUAUUGAACAGCUGCAUAUCAGAAUUUAUGUAUGUACCUUUUUUAAUAAAGAAACAAACAGGAUAUCUUCUUUUUCUUUUUCUGUAAAGGCUCCAGCAACUGCUA